AGUUUACGCCAAGUUAUUUAGUUAUUCUGGAAAGGUUAUGAUCUCGACGGGACUGAAGUAACUGUUUUGCAAACAAAGAAUGUGGAGAAAACCCGUUACUGUGUCCCAGAGACGCAAAAUACAUGCAGUGGAAUCCCUGCAAAAAAUGGAAGAAGAAAGCAACAGGACAGAGCACAGGAUGCUCGCAGAAUGACUCAACCCGGGACUUUACUUUUAAAUCACUUUUGUUUUUUAAUUCUUAAUAUGAUUGGAAUACCACCUUCAUCAUUUUAACACACCCUGUUAUCAUUUCGGUUGAACUUUUGUUUUAGUUUACUUUUUGCAUACACAUAUGGUAGAUUAGCUAGCUGUUUUUAGAAAUGAAGAUUGUUGCAGCUAAUGUUUUUUAUUUUAUUGCGUUGUUGCUUCUCGGAAGCAGUGGCAUAGCAGUGUCGUUGACAAGCGAUUGUAAAUUAUAUGAUGAACGUUCCAAAAACAAUGGGAAAACGUCCCCACCUGCAGCAAAAUUGGAGAGGAAAGUAGUCUGCAGCAACAUUGAACUCCGUCAGGUGUUACCCCCGGACUCGUUUCCCAACGGAACGGUGACACUGAUUUUAAGCAACAAUAAAAUAGAAGAAUUGAAGAAUGGGUCCUUCACUGGCCUCACUGCAUUGGAACGACUGGACAUUCGGAACAACGUGAUCAGUCACAUCGAACCUGGAGCCUUUCUGGGGCUGCCGGCCCUCAAAAGACUUGACUUGUCCAAAAACAAAAUUGGCUGCCUGAAUAUGGAUAUAUUUAAAGGUCUUGUAAGUCUGGUCAAACUAAACCUUUCGGGGAAUUUGUUUUCUUCGUUGUCACCAGGAACGUUUGACAGUCUCGUCUCACUGAAAAUGCUGGAGUUCCACACGCAGUUCUUGCUGUGCGACUGCAACCUGCUCUGGCUGGUGCUCUGGAUUAAGGAGAGGGGCGUGACCGUGAAGGACACUCGCUGCUCGUACCCGCGCUCCCUCCAGGGCCAGCUUGUCACCUCUCUCAAACCCCAGCUCCUCACCUGCGACGCCCCCCUGGAGCUGCCGUCCUUCCAGCUGACCCCGUCGCAGCGGCAGGUGGUGUUCCGCGGGGACAGCCUGCCCUUCCAGUGCCUGGCCUCCUACGUGGACGAGGACAUGCAGGUGCUCUGGUACCAGGACGGCAGGAUGGUGGAGCACAACGCCACGCUGGGCUUCUUCAUCGAGGAGAGCAUGGUGCAGAACUGCUCGCUCAUCGCCAGUGCGCUGACCAUCGCCAACAUCCAGCCGUCGUCCUCGGGAAACUGGGAGUGCCGGGUGAGGACGAGCCGCGGCAACAACACCCGCGCCGUCCACAUCGUGGUGCUGGAAAGCUCUGCCAAAUACUGCCCCUCUGAGAGGGUGUCCAACAACAAAGGCGACUUCAGGUGGCCGCGCACCAUGGCCGGCAUCACCGCCUACCUGCCAUGCCACCGCCUGGCCUCCGGGGCGGCGCUCUACUCCGGCUCCCCGGCCGAGGAGCGCAGGGCCUGGCGCAGGUGCGACCGGGUGGGCAUCUGGGCUGAGGACGACUACUCUCGCUGCCAGUACCAGAAGGACGUCACCCGCGUGCUCCACAUCAUCAACCAGAUGCCCCUGAACCUGACCAACGCCGUGACCACGGCCCGCCAGCUAUUGGUCUACACCGAGGAGGCUGCCAACUUCUCUGACAAGAUGGAUGUUAUCUUCGUGGCGCAGAUGAUUGAGAAGUUUGGGAAGUUUGCGGAGAAGUACAAGGAGCUGGGGGACGUGAUGGUGGACAUCUCCAGUAACCUGAUGCUGGCGGAUGAGCGGGUGCUGUGGAUGGCGCAGCGGGAGGCCCGGGCCUGCUCCCGCAUCGUGGAGUGCCUGCAGAGGAUGGCCAGCCAGCGGCUCGCCAGCGGCGCCCAGGGCUACUCCACUAACUCCCACAGCAUUGCUCUAGAGGCCCACGCAGUCAAGGCCAGCAGCUUCAAUGGGAUGACCUGCACACUGUUCCAGAAGGUUCUGCCUGAACGCAGGGGUCCCCGGGAGCUGAGCACCAGAGACAGAGACCCCGACGCCAGCCGCGACCGGCAGCUCAGCUUCAAGUGUAACAUCACCAGCACCUCCUCGCCCCUGCCGCUCAAAAACACCGUGGUGGAGGCGACGGUCCAGCUCCCGCCCUCCCUCCUGACCCGGCUCUCCGCUCCGGGCCAGUCUGAGGAGCCCGUCCACAGGCUGCAGCUGCUGGCCUUCAGGAACGGCAGGCUCUUUCCCACCACCAGCAACUCCAGCCUGCUGACCGACCAGGGCAAGAGGAGGAGCGUGGUCACCCCGGUCAUCCUCGUCACUGUCGACGGUCAACCUCUGCAGGCCCUGCGCAGCCCGGUGAACGUCACCCUGCGCAGGUUCGCCCGGGGCGGCGACGUGGUGGCGGCCGCCUGGGACUUCACCCUGCUGGGCGGCCAGGGAGGCUGGGAGACGGGCGACUGCCGCAUCCUCUCCUCCGACGACAACUUCACCUCCAUCGCCUGUGACUCACUCGGCAACUACGCCCUGCUUAUGGAUCUGAGUGAGGUAGAACCUUACUCUCCCAGUACAGACCUGCUCCAUCCGGUUGUCUAUGCCAGUGCCACCAUUCUGCUGCUGUGUCUCCUCUUAGUCAUCAUCAGCUACAUCUACCACCACAAGUCCAUCCUGAUCAGCCGAAAGUGCUGGCACAUGCUGGUCAACCUGUGCCUCCACAUCUUCCUGACGUGCCUGGUGUUCGUCGGGGGCGUCACUCAGACACGCCACGCCAGCGUGUGCCAAGCGGUGGGUAUCGUCCUGCACUACUCUUCUAUGGCCACGGUUCUCUGGGUGGGCGUGACCGCCCGCAACAUCUACAAACAGGUGACCCGCAAGGCCAAGCGUUUCGAGGACCUGGAUGAGCCCCCGCCCCCACCCAGGCCAAUGCUGAGGUUCUAUUUGAUUGGUGGCGGGAUACCCAUCAUCGUCUGUGGUAUAACUGCUGCUGCCAACAUCAAGAAUUACGGAAGCCAGAUUAACGCUCCAUACUGCUGGAUGGCCUGGGAGCCCAGUCUGGGGGCAUUCUACGGCCCGGUGGGCUUCAUUGUCUUCGUGGACUGCAUGUACUUCCUCUGUAUCCUGCUGCAGCUGAGCCGCCACCCAGAGCGCCGGCACGAGCUGAAGGAGCCGACCGAGGAGCAGCUGCACCUGGCCGGCGGGGCCGGCGCCCACGACCCCUUCUCCCAGGGCGACGUCCCUCCGUCGGAGCUGGAGAACGAGCACACCUUCCCGGCCCAGCUGCUGGGCGUUGCCCUGGCGCUGCUGCUGUCCGUGGGGCUGUGGGUGUGCGGGGCCCUGGCUGCGUCCCAGGGGCCCCCGCUCGGCCUGCUCUUCUCCUGCCUGUUCGGCGCGCUGGCGCUGGGCCUGGGGGCCUUCCUGAUCGCGCACCACUGCGCCAACCGGCAAGACAUGCGUCGCUUGUGGGCGUCGGCCUGCUGCCGCCAGGGGCGGGACUAUUCCCAGCAGGUGAACGCCCCUCCCCCACCUCCCGUCUUCCCUCCCGGGAACGGGGAGGGGCCCAAACACCCGGGCAGCAGCGCCGAGUCAUCCUGCACCAACAGGAGCGCCUCCAGCCUCAGGAGCCAGGGGUGCAAGCUGACCAAUCUGCAGGCGGAGGCUGCGCAGCGUGAGCCGCGCCCCGCCCCCGGUGACGGCGCCGCCCCCACGCCCACCCCUUUCGCACCGGACGGCAGCGCUACGGAGCAGUCGCCGGACAGCGAGGCCCAGAUGCACGCGGCGGCGGUCGAGGCGCAAGUGCGGCCCAACGGGAACGCGGCGGGGCGCCCGCAGAAGAGCCGCACCCGCGCCCACCGCUCCAGCCGCCUGGCCGUGCUGCGGGAGUACGCCUACGACGCCUCCACCAGCGUGGAGGGCAGCGAGCAGAACUGCCCCGUGAGGGGCCGCCACGACGGUCACCCGCGUGGCCGCCGGGCCGCUCACCUGGCCCACAGGGGGCGCCAGCGGAGCCAGAACCAACUGGACGCCAGCAGCGACGUCAGCACCGCCCAAUCACAGCCUAGCCUGAAUGCGGAUGAGGGCAGGGAGAGUGGUGGGGGGAGCAACAGCAGCAGAAGUGAAGGAGGACUAGAGGGGGAUGAGGAAGGAGUUUCGAGCACAAGCAAAGGGAGCUCGAAGGAGCCCGCAGAUGCAGAACUGGAGGGGCAGCCCAAGUCGUACGGCCUGAAUCUGUCCAAUCAGAACGGACUAUUGAAGGACAGCACGCAGAAUGCUGCUCUUUUACUCAACCCAGACAGAAAUGGCAAUAUAAAGACUGGCCAUUGGAAACAUGAGACUACUGUGUAGUGAUUGUUCCCUCUUGUAAAAAUGCAUCCUGUUUUCCUUUGCUAUGUGAAUAUUUAAAUUUUAGGCUCUGAACAAUUGUGAAGAGUUUCCAGGAGUGUGAAACACCCUAUAUUCUGUUAUGCAUUGAAGUCACAGUAAUUAAGAGUGUGAAUAUGAGUAAAUGCGAGUGGAGGAUUACACUUCAUUGUAAGAAAACACGUUAAUGAUGUAUUUUUGUAU